UCUUUGGCUAAGGCUCUCUAACUGACGUCGUUCAGACUGCAGUUCCAUCUGCUGCAUUAAAAGUUCCAUCCAACGAUGAAAACUUAGCUUCUUAUUUCCCAUGGUUUUGUAAGCUGUGUAGCUACUGGGGGCGCUGGUGGCGUUUGCUGGAGACCUACGGUUCGGGAGGACAUGCCGACCAUUACCCUGCAGGUGGGCCAGUGCGGCAACCAAGUAGGCCAGGCCCUCUUCGAGCGCCUGGCAGCACAGUCCGCCUUCGCCUCCACCUCCAACACCCUCUCCUCCUCCUCCUCCGGCGCAUCCACCGCCGCCACCAGCACUGCCACGCACCUCGACUGCGCUGCGGCCGACAACGAGGUCUUUCGUACAGGCCCCGACGGCCGCCGUCGCGCGCGCUGCCUGCUGAUCGACACGGAGCCCAAGGUGGUGAAUGGCGUGCUGGCGGCGGACCGGCAGGGGCUGUUCAGCAGGCAGCAGUGCUACCUGGGGCAGUCCGGCCGCGGCAACAACUGGGCUUUCGGCUACAACCAGCUCAACAACUCCUCCUCCUCCGCCUCAGCCACACCCUACGGCAAACCAGCCACCGCCCCGUCCACCGCCACUCCCCCCUGGCGCCCCGGCGGCGGCCCCACAGCGCUGGGUCCCGCCUGGGUCUCCUCCACCGCCACCGAGGACCCCUCCCAACAGGAAUUCCGGAUCCUGGAUCAAGUGUACGACGGGAUUCGCCGCGAGGCCGAGGAGGCGGACGGCUGCCCCAACUUCCUGCUCAUUCACUCGCUUGCCGGCGGCUCCGGAUCCGGCAUGGGCAGCCGCAUUUUGGAGCACCUGCGAGCCAACUACCCGCUGUCGUACAUCGCGGCUGCUUCGGUGGCGCCGCGGGCUGCGGGCGACACGCCCAUGCAGAGCCUGAACGCGGUGAUGUCGCUGUCGUUCCUGCAGGCGUAUGCGGAUGUGGUGAUGCUGUUCAGCAACCAGGACCUGAUGGAUGCCUUUCAGCGCCCCGCCGUCGCCCCGCUGCUGCCCGGCGGCUCUGAGCAGGGAGGCGCAGGUACGGCAGCCGGCAGCAGCGGGGGCGGCGGCGGUGCGGGCGGCGGCCUGGCUGCGCUGAAUCGGCUGGUGGCGCACAACUUGGUGGGGUGGCUGUGGCCGCUGGAUGCGGCGGAUGCGCUGGGGGGGGUGGGGCGCAUCCGGGACACGGUCGCCACAGUGGCCGCGGACCCCUGCAGCAAGCUGCUGGAGACGUGGACGGUGCACUGCCACCCCAACGUGCCUGUCAGCGCGCUGUGGGCGGACUCGCUGCGCAGCCUGGGCGCGCUCAUGCCGCGGAGCGACCCGCUCAGGGGCGGACGACACAUCACCACGGCAGGUGCUCUGCUGCUGGCCCGGGGCUACCCCCCCGCUGCCGUACCGCCGCCGGGCGGUGCCAGUGGCGGCGGUGCGGGCGCCCACUCAUCGCUGCUGUCCGCCUACAUGCGCUCGCUGGGGCCGCACGGCGCGGCGCCCAGCCUGGCGCCCGAUGCCAGUCUGGUGCUGCGGUGCGGGCAGGCGGCGCUGUGGAGGGAACCGCGGCGGGGGGCAGCAGGGGCGGGGACGGCGGGAGCCUCGGGCGGAGCGGGGGCAACUACCGGCAAGGCGUCUGCGGCGGGCGCUGCGGCCCCCAGCCUGACUGCGGUGUGCAACCGCUCCAGCGUCAUCGGGCUGCUGGAGGACACGGUGGCGCGGGCGCUGGCGCUGUGCGACGCGGGAGCCUACCUGCACUGGUAUGCUCGCCAUGGCUGCAGCGGCCAUGCAGUGCGUGAGGCCGCUCGCGUGCUGCUGGACGUGGCAGACUGCUACCGACAAACGCACCGGUUACCGCCGGGGGAGUACGAUGUACCGUAAGCCACCCUGGAUCGCCCGGAAGGGACGUAUAGCAUUAUGCGUUUAUGACACGUGCUUGAGGAUUAGUGCAUGUGCUUAGGCGUCAGCGUUGUUAUGCGCGGAGCCCAAGAUAGUCGUACUGAAGUUGGGUACACUCUUUCCCGUUUUACCUGGGGGUGUAUGGCAAACCAGGGUACAGUGACGCAAUGUGACAUGCAACAUACCUGUUUUCCGCCAAUGAGACUGUAUAGCUGGGUAACACGUCUCUGGUGAAGGUCGUAUGUUGCAUAUGCGCCGUGUAUGGGCAAGGUGUUGGUGUCAACCCGUUCGCAUGCCAUGUGCAAGGCGGGCUAUCUAGUGACACACCUUACGCAAAGCUCGAGCUGGGUUUGAACAGCCAUGCGUAGUCCCAUUCAGGCUAGCGAUCCCAUUAAACGGGCCCCACAAACCCGCUUCCAGUGCGCGAGGUCCCCCAGCGUGCAACCAUCGCGCAUGUCGACGCGUGUGAGCGACUUCCUGCCCCCAAGAGAGCACUAUGCAAUCUGGUACGAAGGACACGGUCGAAUUAGCAAAAUUGCUCAAACGACGUUUGUAGGCGCAAGCAAAAGCAGUGUCCAGGACCGCACGCGGACUCAUCACAAAACUUCGGAAUCUCUGGCACCCUCAGCAUAAACGCAACAGACUGGUGUGACAAGCGGGCUAUGGAGUGCAAAGCAGCCGGGUGCUGCAAGACAGCAUACAUGUGUAAGCUAUGGC